CCAACAUGAAAUGAGUCGGUCUAACGAGAACAAUGCUGAAUUUGAUCAUGUAGAGAAUGACACCGAUGAGCAGGACAACGAUGCAAGUUGCCAAGAUCAAGUAAGCCAAACUGACCCGAUUGAGAACGGAAUUGUGAUAGAAGAAAUAAAAGACCACGAAGAAAAUAAAAGUCCGAUAAGUCUUAUCGUCAGUCCCGAUGGAUCUGAAAAUUCGACUGAAGAAUUCAAUUCUUUAAAUGUUUCUUUAUUACCGCCGUCUGAACGAAAACCGUCACGGAAUUUAGAAGAUAUCGAUAGAACUCUUGAUGAACUGCAGGACCUUGCUGAAGAUGCAUUUCUCACCGCACAGAUGGCUCAGGGAAACCAAGCUAAAUUGUUUGAUAAACUAUUCGAGUCUAGCACAGUUUACCUGAAAAAGUGUGAAACUGUACCGGAAGACCUUACCAAACAACAAUUUUCGGACGAGGACGGAAUUUUAGAAGAAAUUGAGGAGGCCGUAAGAGACGCAGAGGAGAAGCAGUACGAGCCAAACCAUGUGAGCGUUGUACUGGAUACAGAGUGCAGUUCUGAUGAUGAAGUCGCUAGCGAUCGGUACCCAGGUGUAGGAAACAUUGAUCAGUUGAGACAUGAUGACAAUUCACUUCGGAAUGUCGGAGGGCAUCGAGUGCGACAACGUGUUGCGAGUAAUGCUACAUUGAACGAUCGUCGCUCAAUAAUUUCUGGGCACGAAAGGGCGAGAAGCAACGAUUCCAGGGCUACCAGUCUAUUCUCAUCGUCGAUAGCCUCGUUCCGUCGUCCAAUUUCUCAUUUUUCGAUUGACAACUCAUGUUUCGACAUUAAUGAUCCACCGACACAACGUUCGCUUAUGUGUACACCGGUUGAAAAAAUGUUCGUCAAGAAUUCAAGAUCUGCUCCCGAGAUGCGGGUUCAUGAAACCAAAAUCCAACCAUUUCUACCUUCGCCAUCACCAUCGAAUGAUGCGACAACAACAACUAGUGAUCCCAGCGUCUCAUCAGAAAUUUCCAUGGAGCAACCCAUCCAGCCUAUUGUUAGUAACUUGAAGCUUCGUUUGAGUGAAGGUUUAUCCGAAACUGUAUCACCAGCAGCAUCGCCGAUAGUAAAAACUAAGAGCCGGAAAGAGAAGAAAACAAAUCAGCAAAUGUUGAAAGGGUCUGCUAGUUCCCCCAAUAUGAAUUCUCAAAAUUUGAUAAUCAACCGGAAAACCACCGAGGCUGACGUUGAAAACGACAAACCAAAACCGAAUACAAACAGGACGUUCGAAGUGGUUACAGUUAGUGUUGUCAAUGUGGAUUUUGCUAGAAAACCCAAAAAAUCGGUGUAUAUCAUGGCGAAAUUCGAUGGUAAAGAUGUCCACCGUUCUUCGAAGUUACGAAGUGACAAUCUCGUCCACGACUUCUCCGUUGAGACAACAAAUUCUUUUUCCAACUUGCACCUCGUUUUUCUAGAAGGGUCGAAGGCAAAAGUGGCUCGUCCUGUGGGAAAGGUGUCAAUUGCAAAAAAGGAUCUUGAGGUUGGAACUCCGUUUGAGCAAACGUUGAAACUGUGUGCCGUGUCUAAGUAUCUCGACUUCUGCGGCCAAAUUUGUGUUGAUAUCCGACGCCGAGCCGGCUCGUUCUCUUUGAGAGUCGUCGACUGUGGUGGAUUGAAGCUCAAAGAAAAUCAAACCCUUCUUCUUCUUGUCUCUACUAUUCACAAUUCCAGCGAAGUGGGCAAAUUGUCCAUUGACGCAGAGGAGAAGCGCAGCAAGGAAUGGUUAGAAAUGCCAUGUGCUGAAGGAAUGCUUUCUCUAAAGUUAACCCUCUGGCAAGAUCUCCUCAAGGGUAUCAAUUCGGUCUUUCACGGUCAAGUCAGAGUUGACGUUGACGAGAACUGGAAGUCCGGUCCGGCAAAGUGGUUCUACCUGCGCUCCAAAGCUAAUGAAGACGGAGAAGGUGGCGAAGACGGAGGUGAUAUCGGAGACGCCACUGUGAAAGUGACCUAUCAAAUUGAUCAUAUACUACGUAUGCAAGUAUACAAGCCACUUCUCGAUCUUCUCUUUCUCGCUGGGGACGUUCAACCAUUGACAGCAUCACUUGUGGCUGUUAUUGAAGCACUUCCAAAAGUCGAGCUGGGACCAGUUUCUCGAUCUUUGGUUGAACUUAUGGCUCAGUCGGAUCGUAUUCGACCGGUGCUCAGUUCGCUUUACGUCAAUAGCAUCCUGAAGUGCCAAGAUGAAAAUACAUUAUUCCGAGGGCAAUCGCUUUCUGGCAAAAUGCUUUUCGAAAUAUUGACGACUUAUGGUAAAAUGUAUCUGAUCACAACAUUAAAACCUGUAGUGGAUAAGAUCUACAAAGAACGAAAAAACUGUGAAGUGGAUCCAGCAAGAGUAGCUGUUGGGGCUUCUCUUGAAAAAAACAGAAACAACUUACUGGUGUAUUUUCAAAUGCUCUUUGAACGUGUGACAACAAGUUCAACAAACUGCCCUCAUUUAAUCAAACAACUGCUUUACGAUUUAAGGAAUGUGGUUGGAACUCAUAGUUCUCGUUCUGGUGUUCAGCGUCUUGCAGUUUCAUCAUUUGUGAUAAUGAGGUUCUUCGCCGCUGCUAUCCUUAAUCCAAAGGCGUUUGAAAUUCGGAAAGAUCAACCUGACCUACGAGUUUCUCGCACAUUACUUCUCCUGUCAAAAUUGCUUCAAAGGCUGUCUAACUGUAGUGUCAGUGAAGGACCAUUAUCAUCGAAGGAAAUUUGGCUGAAUGGAGUUUUUGAAACAGUUACUAGCGAGCAGCACAAAAGUGUUAUGGCCUCAUUUUUAGACAAUAUUUCUCUGGUUGGAGAUAGAUCGGAGCCACAAAAAUGCACAGUUUUUAAGUUUGGAAACCUUCAACAAGUUGACCGAAGCCGCCUGGCUUGGAAGAAAGUUCUACACUACAAAAAACGAUAUGUGCAAUUAACAAACACACAUUUGAUCUGGCAAAAGGAUGUGCAGUGUGCUCCUAAAGGAACAGUUCCUUUAUCAGAUAUCAAGUUUGUGAAUGUUGACAACAAAAACAUCAUAACGAUUGUCUGUGAGACUAUGCAGCUGCAAUUUGAAGCUCCCGGAGGUGUAGAAGCAACUGACUGGCUGAAUGCAAUCGAGAGGCAGCGAAAUCGUGCUGCACACGAAAUUGCAGAAACGCCUGGAGAGCACUUCUUCGUUGACGCUGAAAGACACGUGGAUAAAAUUCAUACUCUGCUAUACAAAUACCGCGAGACAAUGAUUGAAUGGAGGGACCAACUGCAAUCAAACGUCGAGUUGGACGAGAAAACGGCGCCGGAACUGCUAAAAGCCAGCUAUGUCGUUGAAGAAGAGCGACAAUCGCAUAAAGACUCACUUAUUGCGACCCUCUGUUCCACGAUCGACGUCACGGAUGCCAUUCAGUUAGCACAUACGGAGUACGAGAAGGAGAACAAAUGUCAAGUGAAAAUUGAAGAAGCUCCGGCGGAAUGCAGUUAUAAGUGACUGUAUCAUAUAUUGAUGAUAUCAACAAUAAUAAGGCAUAAUUCCAAAAUUCACAACUCAUAAUGUUACCUACAGUGCCGGUCAAUAUUAUCUUUGAAUUUGGUUUUUUGGUGAUUUACCCAAGUUGAAAAAACACGUAUUACUCCAAUACUAUAAUAGCUAGGAAAAUAUUUUUAACUGAAAAAAUAUUUCGAAUUGCUUUUUCUACAUCAUUAAUUUUGUAAAAAUGAUAUAAUUCUAUUCCGAAAAAGUUCAAGCAGGUGACAUCCGACGGGUCGGUUAUUUUUGUCUAGAGUAGCUAAUUGACAGACACUUGGCAAUUUCAUAAAACAAAGUUUAAUAGGAAAAUAACCUCCUUUAAAUUUUCUACAUUUUGCAAAAUGCCGUUUUGUCACAGUGUGAAGAAAACUGAUUUCUGAAUAGGUUAAUUAGAAAUACAAAAUUUGAACUUCCUGUUUAUUUUUUUUUAUAAUUUUUCUUGGUCAUUUUGUGAGAAAAUAGAAAUUUGCAAGAAGUAGAUAAUUUUAUGAAGAUAAUUUUCGUAUUUUACUUUGUUUUGUAAAAACAUGCCUCCAGGAUGCCAGCUCUGUUUCUUUUUUCCGGAACAUAGUUAUAUGUAUGAUUUUGACAAAUUCAGAAAUGUAGUAAAACUGACAAAAGUUUGUUUAAAAAAAAACGAUAUUUUGUUAAAUCUUCUAUCAUUUGAGAUACACAUGUUUGAACAAUUCAAAAAAACCACCGCAAAACCAAAAGCAAAUAGAAUAUCGACUGGCACUAUACAAUGCAUACCUAGAAAGGCUACAAAUGUUUUGUGUAUGACAUAAUAAUGCCCUUACCAUCCCCGUAGUAGCCGGUGCGCAUAUCAAAUCGAUCUUAAAGCUCUUGUGAUUCAAACCGUUUUUCCCUAUUCUGACCAAAGUGUUAUAAUACAAGCCAAAAAUUCCCUUUAACAAAACCCCACCUAAUGGUAACUGUCAUACUUCACUUAUCAUAGUAUUUUGUCCAGGCCAGACUUAUGCCAUACCCCCUCAAACCUGUUAUAUUUUGUUUCAAUGUAC